GAGUUUUUUCUUGUUCUUGGUUAGCUGCUAGUGAAUAAUAAGCUAACAGCAAAGGGAUCAGUUUAAGCACAGAUACACAAGAAGGUGCACUGUUGUAUUGACAAAUACAUUUCUGAAGGCAAAAAAAUAACCUUAUUAUCUUCUAGUUAUGAGUCAUGUGGCCGCCGAAAAUGCACUUAGUCUAGAUCAGCAGUUUGCUGGCCUAGACUUGAACUCCUCAACAUCUCAGAGCGGAGGAGCAGGCAAAGGGCGUUACAUCCCUCCUCAUCUACGAAACAGAGAAGCUUCUAGACAAGACUCUGCAAAUUGGGAUUCUGGACGCGGGGGUAAUGUGUAUAUGAAUGGGUAUCACGAUGACAGGGAUAGCAGAUUAAAUGGGUAUGACAGAGAUCGGAGUGGAUUUGGAGGGCGAGGUUCAGCUCCACGAAAUGACAGAGGUGGUCGUGGAAGUUAUCGAAAUGUUGGAAGUGGCACUUACAGUCAGCAGUCCUUUACAAGUACUAACUCAGGAUAUUGUGAAAAAGACGGUGCAGGAUGGAAUGCAACCAGAGAGACAAGAGACCCAUAUAGCAGCUUUGGAUCGCGUAAUGACAGAGGCAAAUCUAGUUUCUUUGAUCGUGGAACUGCAUCAAGAGGAAGGUUUGAUGAUCGAGGAAGAGGUAAUGAUAGAGGCCAAGAUAGCUAUGAAAGCUUUGGAAAUCGUGGCAAAUUCGAGCGUGGUGGAAAUAGCAGAUGGUCAGAAGACAGGUCAAAUGAUGAAGAUGAUUGGUCAAAACCAUUACCACCAAAUGAUCGCUUGGAACAGGAACUUUUUUCUGGCAGCAACACUGGUAUAAACUUUGAGAAGUAUGAUGAUAUUCCAGUUGAAGCAACCGGCACAAGCUGCCCUCCACAUAUAGAAAACUUUUAUGAUGUUGACCUGGGAGAAAUAAUUAUGAGCAACAUUGAGCUGAGUCGUUACACUCGUCCUACUCCUGUCCAGAAGCAUGCUAUACCCAUUAUUAAGGAGAAAAGAGAUUUGAUGGCUUGUGCACAAACAGGUUCUGGAAAAACAGCUGCUUUUUUGUUGCCUAUUCUGAGCCAGAUAUAUACAGAAGGUCCAGGUGAUGCUAUAAAUGCAAUGAAAGGAUCCCAGGAUGGUAGCAAGUAUGGACGUCGCAAGCAGUAUCCAAUUUCCUUGGUUUUGGCACCAACCAGAGAGCUGGCUGUUCAGAUUUACGAAGAGGCCAGAAAGUUUGCUUACAGAUCUAGAGUUCGUCCUUGUGUAGUUUAUGGAGGUGCAGACAUUGGUCAGCAAAUAAGAGAUUUAGAGCGUGGCUGUCAUCUACUUGUAGCAACUCCUGGACGUCUGGUUGACAUGAUGGAGAGAGGAAAGAUUGGCUUGGACUACUGCAAAUAUUUAGUCUUGGAUGAAGCAGACAGAAUGCUUGAUAUGGGUUUUGAGCCACAAAUUCGUCGAAUUGUCGAACAGGACACUAUGCCACCAAAAGGCUUGCGGCAGACCAUGAUGUUUAGUGCAACUUUUCCCAAAGAGAUCCAGAUUCUCGCCCGUGAUUUCCUUGAAGAAUACAUCUUUCUGGCUGUUGGUCGUGUAGGUUCAACUUCUGAAAAUAUCACCCAGAAAGUAGUUUGGGUAGAAGAAGCUGACAAGCGUUCUUUCUUACUCGAUCUCCUUAAUGCAACAGGGAAAGAUUCCUUAACCUUAGUGUUUGUUGAAACAAAAAAGGGAGCAGAUGCUCUUGAGGAUUUCUUGUUUCGAGAAGGAUAUGCCUGCACAAGUAUCCAUGGAGAUCGAUCCCAACGAGACAGAGAAGAAGCACUGCAUCAGUUCCGAUCUGGAAGGUGCCCAAUACUGGUUGCUACUGCAGUUGCUGCCCGUGGGCUAGAUAUUUCUAAUGUGAAGCAUGUCAUUAACUUUGACUUACCAAGUGAUAUUGAAGAGUAUGUACAUCGUAUUGGACGUACUGGUCGUGUAGGAAACCUUGGCCUUGCAACAUCUUUCUUUCAUGAAAAGAACAUCAAUAUUACAAAAGACUUGCUGGAUCUUCUUGUGGAAGCAAAGCAGGAGGUACCAUCCUGGUUAGAGAACAUGGCAUAUGAGCAGCAGCACAAGAGCAGUAGUCGUGGACGUUCCAAGAGCAGGUUCUCAGGUGGAUUUGGUGCCAGAGAUUAUAGGCAGGGGAAUAACAGUUUCUCUAAUCGUGGAAGUCGUGGUAGCAAUCAUGGAGGAAGUAGAGGAUUUGGUGGAGGUGGCUAUGGAAACUUUUAUAGCAGUGAUGGUUAUGGUGGCAACUACAGCUCCCAGGGUGUUGACUGGUGGGGAAAUAAUUGAAGUACAUACUGCAGAUGAGGCCACCUUGCCAAACAAGCUAAAUGGAAACCACAUGUAACUUAGCCAGACUAUACCUUGUGUAGCUUCAAGAACUUGCAGUACAUUACCAGCUGUGAUUCUCUGAGAUGUUGGAGGGGAGCUCAACGGCAUAAGAAGAAAGCCAGCAGUUGCAACAGUGAAAGAAAAUGGUUGCUUUGAAGGUCAUAUCGUCGUAGAUUUUUGGAGUAGAUUUUUUUCAGACUGCAUUUAUUAUUUAACUGAGGAUCAUUUGUUUGUUAAUGUACUGUGCCUUUAACUUUAGACAAGAAUUAUUUUUUUAUUUUAGUGUCCUGUUGGCUCAGUCAGGCCUGAGAUGUAAUCUUUAGUUGAAAAAUCUAUUUGAACUUGGGCAGAAAAAUCAAACCUUGGCACACAGGGAUGAGAGAACAUGAGCAGAAAUCAUUGUUUUAUUCAUGCAAACAUUGUUACAAAGAAACUUGUGUGGUAGCCUGCAUUAUUGCUCUGAAGUGUAGAGCUUCAAGGCAUAUAAAAUGACAUUGCCGAUUUUAAUGUGGCAGACUGUACCAAGUUUGAGUUCUGAUUUGCUCACUCUAUCCUGGAUAAGGUACCUGUUAGAAUUUGAUAGUCUUUUAUAAGCCAUUCCAGUCAAAAUAUUACUGUAAGGAUCUUAAAAUGUAAAGCACUGUUUUCAUUGUUAACACUUGUAAAUGCAGGAACUCCUUUCUUUGUUACUGUUGACAGUGUUACGGCAGCUAGGUAAGAAAAUAAAACUAGCCAGGAGAUAGAAUAUUGUGAUGAAUAUUUAAAGGCUAUAUGGAAAAACUUGAAAAUUUUUAAUUGAUUCAUCUACUUGGAAAAGUUUUAAAAGCAAAGUUAAUGCCUGCCAUAUCUUAAAAUGAAAUUGCAAAGUUGUAGAAUGGCUAAGUGGAUCACAGCACUAAGUGGUCCUAGUAAUGGAUCUAGCUGAUUUUUGGUCUGAUAACUCAUGCUAGUGUUGAUGUUUUUUGGUCAAGAGGGCAAGAACUGGAAGAAUUGAGCAGCAGGCUUCAUUUUAAACACAAAAUUGCAUUUCUCUGUUUAAGCUGCGUGGAUUCUGAAAACAUUUGGCUUAUGGUAGAUGCUGUAAACUGGCUCCACUGGGGGGUACAAUGUGAAUUCUUUAGAGAUCACAAGAAUUGUAAAUGUACAAAACUGCACAAGGUGUCAGAUCUGCUAUUCAGGUGCAGUUUUUAAUCACAGUUUUAGUUGCAUAGGUUUCCAUUUCAUUAAUAGUCUGUUAUGCUAAAUCUGGCCAAAGACUAGUAUAUUUCCACCAAUGAAGAUGCCUCAGUAACUUUUUGUGGUAAACUGUGGUCAGAGUGCCAGAACCGAAAUGCCUAAAAUCUGCUGAGGUGGCAUGGGAGAAAUGACAAAAACUACUUAAGUGCAAUAGAUUUAUUCUCAAGUGUGUUGUGCCUUGUACUGAAUCUUAACAAUGGAGUAGUAGAUGCACUUGACAGUAUUGAGGUGAUUCUUGUCAUGAAUGGUGCUAUUUCAGUUAGUAUAGGUUUAGGCCCUUGUACAUUUUGUACCCAUCAGGUUUUACAAAAUAGACUUAUUUUAUUGCACAUUUAGAGAAUUUUAUAUAAAUGUCUUGUGUGCGUCCUUAAACUUCCAGGCUUUUUUUAUGUCUUGAAGAUUGUUGAAACGCAGCUUUGUGUAAGAAUGGGAAGGGGUUAGAAUCUAAACAAGGAAUUAUUUGGGACCAUGGGGUUAACAGUUGGGAAUACAACUAUUUGCACACAACAGAUUUCUAGAUACUUUUUGCUGCUAGUUUUGUGUAAUAUUUAUUAAACAUUUGACAAAUAUUUAUUUUUGUAAGCCUAAAAGUGAUUCUUUGAAAGUUUAAAGAAACUUGACCAAAAGACAGUACAAAAACACUGGCACUUGAAUGUUGAAUGUCACCGUAUGCGUGAAAAUAUAUAUUUCGGGGUAGUGUGAGCUUUUAAUGUUUAAGUCAUUGGAUUAAAAUUCAAAAUCUAACCACACCUGCCAAUGGCAUAUUUGCUAUUGCUUAUGAAAUGUUCAAUCAAAUUGGUGAACAAAAUUUGAAACAUGCCAAGGUUUGGAUACAGUUGUGUCUUAAAAUAAUGAAACACAUUUCUACAUGUUGCAAAGUGUCCAGAUUCUUGAAAUGUGUUUGUUUAGUUGUGUUUGUUUUGUUUUCUGUUUGUUUGUGUUUCUUUUUCCAGUGAAUGUCUGGCACAUGGCAAUCUUAAAACAUGUGGUUAUCUUUGUUGUAUUUGCAUAUUCAGUGCAUUGCUUGUUCAGCAGUUACAUUUAAGCAGGUUUUUAAUAUUCAGUACAUCCCUGACAUUCGGCACACAUGUCAAGUGAAAAGUUGCCUGCAAAACUUGCUAAAUGUUGACCUUGAACACCAGUUCACUGUAGACACAUUUGCCUCUUGUAAUAGUUUAGAUGCUAUGCACUGCAUGAGAACUCAAGCUGUGCAUUAAACUGUAUGAUUUUAUUCAAAAUAAAGUUUUGAACUGCAGAAACCCA